AUGGAUGACAACUUCGUAAGCCACAAGGAUGAAGAGUUGUUGAAACUACUGCUGAAAAAUACACCAAAGUUCAGCGAAGAAUUGAUUGACUACUACCUUUCGUACAGCGGAUGUAGCGUAACGGAAAAGUCCUGCCUCAGAUUCAUUUCACUCAUUUUGCAUAAAUCGAUAGACAAAGUAAUGGAAAGGAAAAUCGUGCAAUCCGACGUAAUAGAUCAGUCGACGGUCCCACUGGCCAGCGAAGCGCCCCAUGGUAAUGACAAGCAGAAGGAUAAAGAUACCAGGGGUGAACUUAAGAAGGAGCUGAACUGUGAAAAACUGAUCGAAACGUUAAAAGAAUUUGAUAAAAACUAUCGAAGUGAAGAAAUAGUAAAGAAUUUCAAUCUGCUUAAGUAA